AUGCUCCCCUUUAAGGGUGGAGAGCAUCUGGCUAUAGCAGACAGUGCUAUCCCAGGGCGUCGAGAUUACCCCGUCGACACGGAGGACUCCGUUCAGGAAAAGUGUAAGUACAGUGAUGUCGCCACCAUAGCAAGGUCCCCAGGCAGGAGAUGGUUGGCCAGCCAGAAUGAACAAGAACCAUUCAAUUAUACGGUGAAUCAAGAUAACCACUUGAAAAUCCUACUGCUCUCGUUGGACGACGGUAGAAACUCGGAGAUUUCCAGCAGCCUUAUCUUGUCAACUUUUUCCGACGCCGAGAGUGGUGAUGAUGUCAUGGCCAGUUCUGGCUAUAUACUACAAAACUUGCGCUUUGUUGCUGCUGCUGCUGCUGCGGCUGCUGCGGCUUCUUCCAAUGAAUUCAAUCGUUUUGCUUUUUGGCGUGGCUCUGGCGCCGAGGACCAAAGUGUGAACCGCGUGAAGAAAGGGGACACCACGGAUCCGCAAACUGAAGCCACUAGGUCGGGCCUUAAGGAGAAAGAGGAAAAGAAAGGCUUACAUGACUUGUCGAAAAGCCAAUCCACGACAGAGAGGGACCAGCAGAAGUCAACAUGCAAAACAGAGGAGGAAUUUCCCAAGGCACCGAAACCGGUAAUUGGAAUGACGGACGAACGGGGCGAGGUCAGUACUAAUAGGAUGCCAAUUCCUGUUUCAAUAUUCACUGAGGGUGGGUGGCUGAUAUUUGCAUUCGUGAGUGGCGCAGAAGGGUGCAUAAGUAUGGUCCACCGGGAGCAGAAAUCAGAGGAUCUGGAGAUAUUCCCGGUCUAG